AACAUUGCAACUGUAGUCGACUCCCACUCGCCGGGCAGCACAGACGGGGCAUUAUGUGGACAAGUACCAGCUGGUACCACGGGCUCCUCAUCCUCCUCGGGACUUCAUUUGUUGGUGCCUCUGAAAUCAGGACAUGGAACUGAAAUGGAAGAGCAAACCUGUGAAUGUUUUCCUCGGAUGCAUCGUUGCCGUCUGCUUUUGUACGGUUUGUCCGGCUCAAAGAAUUUGCACGGUUCCUCCGGGCCCCGUGACGGUCCCAGAAAACUACACGGCUGACGUCCAGCUGGUAAAAAUCAGCUCCAGCAGUGACGUAAUACUUACGGUCUCGGUGAACCCCGAAGAUCUGUUCUACCUGAAAGGAAACGCCCUGAUGGUGAAGAAAGGACUGGACUAUGAGUCAUUGUCCAGUGCAGCUCUGGUGGUGUGGGUGCAGUGCAGCAGAGCAGGCUCCAGAUCUGUGAACGAGUCUGUUGAGGUUUUGGUUGAAAAUGUGAACGAUAACCCCCCGAACUUUGCACAAAACCACUUCGUACUAGAAGUGAAUGAGCUCACUCCGGUCAACUCCAGCGUUGGACUGAUAGAAGCAACAGACAUCGAUUCAGAGCCGCUGUACUAUCGCCUAGAGUCUGCAACGCAGGAUAAAUAUUUCCGCCUGGAAAACAUCAACACUCCAAAGAUACUUGUUAAAAGCAUCCUGGACUACGAUGUUGUACAGAAGAUCUCUCUGAUUUUACAUGUACAGGACACGUUCAAUGGUUCGGCUUCCAACGAGCCCUUCUUCACAUCCGUGGCCACCAUCACGGUGCACGUGAAGGACAUCGAUAACCGGCCCCCGUGGUUUCAGCCUUGUUUGAGGACCAACUUAGGAAUCGCCAAACUGUGUGUGAGCUCCGGCUACAGAGGCAAAGUAAAUCUCACUGAGAAGGAGGAGGGGCCGUUAGUGCUAGAGCCUGGUCCGGUGUUCGCCAGGGACGGGGACAAGAACAGGAGCGAGCAGAUCAGCUAUAGAAUACUCCGAGGAAAUGAGGGAAAUAUUUUCCAGAUUGAUGAGGAAACGGGGAACAUCACCAUGGCUAAAGCUGCUGACAUCGUCGGCCCAAUAACCCUUACUGUUCUGGCGUCGCAGGUGACCAAUAGGGAUCAGUUCGCUGUGACGCAGGUGACCAUCGAGGUGAUGAAGAAGAGCAGGAACCCUCCUCGCUUUGAGAAGGAGCGAUACGAAGGAUUUAUCUAUAGCAACUCUGUCCCUGAGAGCAUGAUCCUCAGAGACCGAAGCACCAACCGGCCCUUCAGGGUCCGAGCUCGGGACGAGGACUUCGCCGCUGGUACAAAUCCAGAUGUAAAGUAUGAAGUUCAGUACAGCAGCUACGUCAACGUGACUGCAGACGGUUUUGUGAUCCUGAAGAGAAUUGUGAAGACGGAGUCCUUCGCGCUUCAGCUCAGAGCAGUGGACGCAACAACAGGGGAAUUUGGAACAGCUGCCCUCUCUGUUCAGGUCAUACCUGCGGUGGCCAUCCCGUCUCCCUCAAACGUCGGCUACCGUCCGGGCGACAUGGCUCUUCUGGGUCUGGUCAUGGCAGCUCUGCUGGUCCUCUGCAUCAUUGUGAUUGGCUUCUUGAUUUCCCGCUUGUAUAAGGGAAACGCCGGCAUGGACAAAAUAUGUGAGUGCCUGGGCCCCUGCCUGAAGUCCGACCAGCCUCGGUCCGGCCACAGGGACUCCCUGCAGUACACCAAUGAUGGCUUCCAGAAUGAGGGCGACGCGAGCCGCGGUGGUGCCAGGCGCUGGAACAACGCUCUGCCCAGACGGAGCACCUUCCCUGGGUCACGAGGCCGGGUCAUCCCCCUGGAGAGAAGGAGCCGCCACUGCUCCUCCUGUGGUGUCUACACGAACCACGUCCCCAAGGGGAGCCCCUCAGUGAGACCGUCCAGGAGAGGGAGAGGAGACGGCGAUGAGUACAGCAUGAGGUCGAUCCUCACCAAGCAGAGGAGGAAGGAGGGCCAGAAGACGGUGUGGUUCAAGGAGAGCGAGGACUCCUCUGAUAUCGAGGUGGAGAUUAUCCCAGACACUGUGGGCCGGGUGGAGGAGGAGACUCAGGAGGAGCUGGAGGUGGAGAUGGAAGGGGUUGUCAGAGACCCGGCAGCCCCGCGGAGAGAGUCUGACGACGGACAGGAGAGCCAAAGCGAGGAGCAGGACCGUGAAAAUACCAGCUCAGAAAAAAAGAAGGCAAGUCAGGAGGAAGAGGGCUGACAGUAGAGGUCAAACUGGAGUCGGAGAAAAAGUUAAUGAAACUCAGCUGUUUGUUUUCUCGCCGCUUUUUGGAGAAAGCAGCCUACAGGAGAGGUCUCGGCAGUCCAGGAUGACACUUCCAUCAUCUCUGGAUAACCUCAAGUAUAGAGUCAAGGAUCCAAAAAGUAUUUAUUUUCUACUGUGAGUAUCUUAGAAUAAAGUGUCUGAGGUAACAACUUUAUACAAUGUUUAAAAACACAUAGUUCUCACUAGUGUUGGCCAAGCAUACACUAUGGGAUGAGAUUCUUCUAUAACACUUACGGCAAGUUGACCACUCCUUUUUAAAGGUUAGUCUCUCUUUACAAAACUUAUUUUUGUAUUGUUAUCAUUUUUAUUGGUAAUACAUUGUACUCACUAAAUUAAUUGCUAGAAUUGCAGUGAUAUUGCUACAACACAGUCAGACAGGACAAAAGACACGUUGCAAACCCUGCAGGGUAGCUGAAGAGAGAAAACAAAGGUUAACAAUAAACCUUCUGUUGCAAACAUCUAUUACAGUUUACAGACCCGCACAUACCCAGUGUUUCAGUUACUUAAAACACACAAUUUUCCUGUGCAAUGAGGGAUUAUUACUGACAAUUCAGGUAACUGGGUUAAAAAAAAAAA